AUGGCCGCCGCCGCCGCCGCCGCUCUCCAACUAGCGAUGGCGGUGGCCCGCUGCGACGCCCAGAAAGGGCCACCCGUACCUCUCCUUCCUCCCUCCCUCCUAUUCCCCAUUCGAGCUCUGAAUUUGUCAGCAGCCAGGAUGGCCGGCGGCAAGCAAGAAAUGCCGGAUCCAAGUCCUAUGGGCCGACGGGCGCAGCCCUGGGUGUUGGCGACGUUGUGCAACGUUGACGCCUGUGUGGUGGUGUACGGCGAGGGGGAGUCGCAGCCGAAGGUGUGGCUGGACGCGCCCAAGGUGGCCCAGGUGCUUGCCUUCAACACCAUGCCGGAGCUGGACCAGUGCAAGAAGAUGAUGGACAUGGAAGGCUUCCUCAACCAGCGCAUCGACAAGCUCGAGGAGCAUCCGCACAAGGCGCAGUGCGAGAACCGCGAGCGCGAGACCACGCUCCUCCUGCAUGACGCCAUCGCCGCCCGCCGCCCAGGCCUCACGGGCCUCUCCGUCGAGAUCGCCUGCCUCGGGUGGCCGAGGAGUGCUUCACGGCGCACAACACGUUGGCAGGCAGGCGAGAGCCUGCUCUGUGACGCCGCCCGUAAUUUAUCACUGGCAUCAAUAACCACACACUGGACGGCACAUUUCGAAUGGUGA